GUCCAAUCAAAUCAAGAACGAAACACCAAGCGGCCCCCCUCUGAUCUAUCUAGCGUUCUUGCUUUCUGCAAUGGCGAUUCAUCUGCUGCUCUCCAUGUCUCUCCUUCUGAACUCACUCUCAGGGGCUGUGUCCACGACGUUCACGCUGACCAACUCCUGCGGCUCCAUGGUGUGGCCGGGGCUGCUGUCGAGCACGGGCUCGCCGCCGCUGUCCACCACGGGCUUCCCGCUGGCGCCGGGGGAGUCGCGCUCCGUGGACGCGCCCGCGGCGUGGUCGGGCCGCAUCUGGGGCCGCACGCUCUGCGCCGCGGGCCAGAGCUCCGGCAGGUUCUCCUGCACCACGGGCGAGUGUGGCUCGGGUACGGUGGAGUGCGCAGGCGGCGGGGCCGCGCCUCCCGCCACGCUAGCGGAGUUCACACUCAACGGAGCCGGCGGGAACGACUUCUACGACGUGAGCCUCGUGGACGGGUCCAAUCUGCCGAUGGUCGUGGUGCCGCAGGGCGGCGCUGGCGCGAGCUGCGGCGCCACGGGGUGCCUGGUGGACCUGAACGGGCCCUGCCCCUCCGACCUCAAGGUGGUGGGCGCCGACGGCGCCGGCAUCGCGUGCAAGAGCGCUUGCGGGGCGUACGGCCGGCCCGAGGACUGCUGCAGCGGCGCGUACGGCACCCCCGCGACGUGCCAGCCAUCGGCCAGCUCUCAGUUUUUCAAGAACGCGUGCCCGCGCGCCUACAGCUACGCCUACGAUGACGCCACCUCCACCUUCACCUGCUCGUCCGGCACAGCCAAUUACCUCAUCACGUUCUGCCCUAGCAUCUCCAGCCUCAAGUCGUCCGUGAGCAGCAGCAGCAGCAGCAGCAGCACGAACCCGUCGUCCGGCUCAGGCCUGCCUCUCGUCAACGACACGGUCUCCUUCGCCAGGCGGGGCGGCGGGUACCCGUACCCGUACGCAUCGGCGCCAAGACGCGCUUCGUCUUCGCUGCCGGCGCUCGCGGCCGCCGCGCUCACGUGGCUUUGCCUCUGCAGCGGGUGGCAGCGCCUGCGGUUGUAGAGCGAACCCACGGGCCACGGCCCCGCGCGCGCGGUCGCUGUCCCCUGCGUAUGCCUGCGUGCACCGCCCAGGGGCAGGGCCGGCGGGCACGGCACCGCUCGUCCAGCCGCGCGAGCGCCCUGCGUCCGCCAUGUGCCGGGCGCUUUGACCUGGGGCCGUAGUUCUGAUUGUAUAGAUUAAUCGUUGUGGAUCGGGGAGGAGAGGGCUAUUUAUUAGUAUAUUGUAGCAGUACGAUUUUGCAAGCAAAGCAAGGUAGAAUCAGUGCAGAGCUUGAUUGGUUAAGUACGAUGGAGUGAGAGCAUCUCCACAUUGAGAUUGCGGCAACCAACUUGCAUCAAUUGAUUCGUUUUUG